GAUGAACAGUUUCUCGCCGAUUUAGAGUAAGAUGGCGCUGUCUGGAGGGACUGAUAGAGGAUCCCACAGAAUGGAUAAGAGCAUUAUACUCCCUCCAGAUGAAAUUUUCCGCAAUUUGGAGAACGCCAAGAGGUUCGCUAUAGACAUAGGUGGCUCUUUGACAAAACUGGCCUAUUACUCCACUGUUCAGCACAAAGUUGCAAAAGUCAGGUCAUUUGAUCAUUCAGCAAAGGUAAGCUUUCAGGAAACAGAUGGUGACCCUCUUUAUGAGAUAUCUGUACAGGAAGAGAUCACUGCCCGUCUUCACUUCAUCAAGUUUGAAAAUGCUUACAUUGAAACUUGCUUGGAUUUCAUUAAGGAUCACCUUGUCAACACUGAAACCAAAGUCAUCAAAGCUACUGGUGGAGGGGCAUACAAGUUCAAGGAUUUGAUUGAAAAAAAGCUAAAACUAAAAGUGGACAAAGAAGAUGAAAUGACUUGUCUGAUUAAAGGAUGCAACUUUGUUCUGAAGAAUAUACCCCAUGAAGCUUUUGUGUAUGCCAAGCAUGCUGAUUCUGAAUUUCGGUUUCAGAAUACACACCCAGAUAUCUUCCCUUACCUACUUAUAAAUAUUGGCUCUGGAGUCUCAAUAGUAAAGGUUGAAUCAGAGGACAAGUUUGAGCGCAUUGGUGGGAGUUCUAUAGGUGGUGGCACUUUUUGGGGUCUUGGAGCUUUACUCACAAAAACUAAGAGGUUUGAUGAACUUCUUCAGUUAGCUUCAAAGGGACAACACACAAAUGUGGAUAUGCUUGUUAAAGAUAUCUAUGGAGGUGCUUAUGGGUCCCUAGGUUUAACUGGGGACCUGAUUGCAAGCAGCUUUGGAAAAUCAGCCACCACAGACAAAGAGUUCUCCAAGGAAGACAUGGCAAAGAGCCUACUGCACAUGAUAAGUAAUGACAUUGGACAGCUGGCCUGCCUCUACGCUAAACUGCAUAACCUUACCAGAGUCUAUUUUGGAGGAUUCUUCAUUCGAGGUCACCCUGUUACCAUGCACACCAUAACGUAUAGCAUCAACUUCUUCACUAAGGGGGAGGUCCAGGCAUUAUUUCUAAGACAUGAAGGAUAUCUUGGUGCUAUUGGGGCCUUUUUGAAGGGGGCAGAGGAAGAUAACCCUAACCAGUACAGCUGGGGAGAGAACUAUGCUGGCAGCUCAGGUCUCAUGAGUGUAUCUCCAGAGUUAAAUCCAGUGCAGCGAGCUCGUAGCGGAACGUUUCCAUUUGACAUGUUGGAAAUGGACCGUCUGGAAAGACAGCUAGUGAACCUCCCCCUGCUGCAUGACCCAACCUCUUAUAUCCCAGACACUGUGGACCUGACGGAAGAUGCUUUGGCUCGGGAUUAUUGGCUCUACUGCUUUGAGGAUGCGCUAGAUGGGGUGGUGAAGCGGGCGGUGGCUAGUCAAAAAGACCAACCAGAAGCUGCGGAGAGGGCGGAGAAGUUUCGGCAGAAAUAUCGUCACAAACUCCAGACUCUUCGUCACCAGCCUUUUGCUUAUGGAUCCCUCACCGUCAGAAGUCUUUUAGACACAAGAGAACACUGUUUAAACGAGUUCAACUUUCCUGACCCCUACUCUAAGAUCAAGCAGAAGGAGAAUGACAUGGCCCUGAAAUAUUAUCUAAAAGUGGUGAAGUCAGUAGAAGAGCUGAGCUGGGAGCAGAGGCAGUUUGCUUUGGUCAAAGGCCUAUUGGCUGGCAAUGUUUUUGACUGGGGAGCCAAAGCAGUGUCGGAUGUACUUGAAACAGAUCCAGAGUUUGGUUUUGAGCAAGCAAAACAACAACUGCAAGAGAGGCCAUGGCUUGUGGAUGCCUACAGCCAGUGGAUUGAGAGAAUGAAGGGUCCUCCUCAUAAAUGUGCAUUGUUUUUCGUAGAUAAUAGUGGAAUAGACAUUAUUCUCGGGGUUUUCCCUUUCAUUAGAGAGCUCCUCCUCAGAGGCACAGAGGUUGUGCUUGCCAGCAAUUCAGGUCCUGCCCUGAAUGAUGUGACUAAUAGUGAGCUGCAGAUCCUAACGGAGAGAAUUGCUGCCAUGGACCCUGUCAUUCAGAGUGCAUUCAAAGAGGAUCGACUUGCUUUGGUGCAGAAUGGUUCUAGUUCUCCAUGUUUAGACCUGAGUCGGCUUGACAAAGUCCUGGCCACAGUUGUCAGGGAGCGUGGCACAGAUCUAGUGAUCAUUGAAGGUAUGGGUCGAGCAAUCCACACAAAUUACUAUGCCAUGCUCAGCUGUGAGAGCCUUAAACUAGCCGUCAUCAAGAACUCCUGGCUGGCCGAGCGUCUUGGAGGCAAGAUCUUCAGUGUAGUCUUCAAAUACGAGGUCCCUUCAAAAUCCCAAGAGCAACAUUAAAUAAUGUGCUGGGUAUGCCGGGAGUAGAGUCUGCAGUGCCUGCUUCAGAUAUUGCAUCAUUAUAAUGCAACGCAUUUGUCCUCAAGUCUGGUGCAGCCCUCACUUUGUACCAUCUGUGGAAGUCUAUGUAAUCUAAAAUCCAUUUCAGGGUUUUACAGUCCAGCAUUGCCUCACUGUUGCUUCUCUUUUCUGCUUGGAGAGAGACAAACAGUUGUGUAUAUGCACAAGACAAAAUAUAUAUUUUCAUGGUGUUUAAGACAAUGUAUAACAAUCAUCAAUUUGUGGGCACAGUAUUUCAGGCCAAUGGUAAAAGAGUGAGAAGCACAUUGAUUUCUCUUUUCAUUCGGAUUGGUUGGUUUUUCAUUUGUGCCAUGAUUCUGACUAAGGUUUUAAACUGGUGGCGUAGAAUGUGACACAUUUAAGAAGUCAUCAGUCAGAUGGUAAAUAAAUAAAACUGUACUGCUUUAUCAUUUGGCCAAAGGCAGAUUGAAUUUACUAAUGCUUUAAGUUUGUUUUUCUUAAAUAUUGUAAAAUCAAUUGUAAAUAUAACAGAAAUCUGUUCAUUAAAGGUAAAAUUUCUUUGCAAAUAUUGACACUCAAGAUUUUAGAAAAAAAUGGCUUGACAAUCACAUAAUUCUGUCAAAUAUAUUUUACACUGUCCUAAU